UUACAACAGUGUCUCUGUGAUUUUUUCCCGUGCUAGCUAAUAUUACAUAAGAUGCAGGCUUGUCUGUUGUUGGCAAGCGUGGCGGUGCUGGCAGCGCUGGCGACGGCGCAGAAGCCCGGCCGGUUCCUCUCCCUCCCCGUGCCCUCCAAGUGCGCUAACAGGCCCAAAGAGUUCUUCUACCGCGGUCACAACUACUUCUACAGCGGGCACGUGCCGGCGCUGGCCAACAGGAAGGUGGACUGGCUGGACGGCCGCAACAUCUGCCGCGAGUACUGCAUGGACCUCGUCUCCAUGGAGACGCAGGAGGAAAACAAUCUAAUCUUCAAGCUGAUCCAGCAGAACGAUGUGCCCUACAUUUGGACUUCAGGUCGCCUUUGUGAUUUCAAGGGUUGCGAGUCUCGCAAGGAUCUUGAACCCAAGAACAUCCUCGGAUGGUUCUGGUCCGCAAACAGGGAAAAGCUGUCGCCAACCAACCAGAUCCCCAACGGCUGGGGCUACAACCCGUGGUCUCAGACCGGGCACAAGAAGCAGCGCCAGCCCGACAACGCGGAGUUCGACAUCAACGGCACCAGCGAGUCCUGCCUCAGCAUCCUUAACAACGUGUACAACGACGGAAUCGCGUGGCAUGACGUCGCCUGCUACCACGAGAAGCCCAUCGUCUGCGAGGACUCCGAGGAGCUCCUCAACUACGUCGCCAGCACCAACCCCGGCAUUCGUCUAUGAGCCGUACACUUAAUCCCGUAACUCCAAUUGGUAUGGUCACCCCUCAUAAUAGCACCAUAUUACCGCACAUUCUAGGACUUGCCAUACUCAUGGUGAUCUCUCCCCCCACUGCCCCCUCUGACGUACGGAUGUACAGAAGGUAAUAGUUUAAGUAUUAUUAUCUAAGUUAACCUAAGAAAAGAUUUAUAUUUGUAUAUAAAAUAAAACACAUAAAAAUUA